UCAAAAUGAUGCUAACAAGGGGACAAAAAGAAGGAGAGAAGAAAGGCACAUUGAAAGGAGUGAGACACACAACAAUAGAAGCAAGCAGAAAGAUCUGAGGAUGUUUGAGAAAUUUAUGGAGAAAACAAGACACUGAGUAUCAGCAGACAGGCUGACAAAGUGACAGAAAUGACAGGGAUGCCUCUUUAUGUACAGAUCUGAAGAGGUGUGUUGAUUACUACAGCCAACUGGCAUGACUCGAGCAUCUGAAAGGAGAAACCCAACUGACACACUGACAAGAGAAAUGAAAUUCUCACUGAAAUACUGAACCGCUCCAGACAGAAAAGCGACUGACGUGAGUAGAUGUCAGAGAUGAUACAAGGGUGAACAGGUCAUUGAAAGUUGAAGCAUCCUUACUUGGAAAAGAUCCAGCAUCACCUGGUUGGACACUGACCAAGAGUCAUCGGAUUAGGAUGGACAUGAGAUGACACUCCAACUUCAGCAGAGACAGAUUUUACUCGGUCAGAGAUAGUCUACUGGUUUUGCUUGUCUCUACUUUUUCUCUAGAGUUUCUGGAUCAACUCUAACUCCAUCAUCAUCAUCAUCCUCACCAUCAUCAACUACGUGCAUCAUCAUCAUCAUCAUCAUCAUCAUCAUCAUCAUCAUCAUCAUCAUCAUCAUCAUCACCACCAUUAUGAUGAACUUCAACAGCACUGAAUCCUGGCUUUUUAUCAAUACUUCAUUUUCCACCAUGCCUGUAGUAACUAGUCCCAAUAACAGAAGUGGCAUGGAAGGAUAUCUUCAAAGACUGGCUCAUUUAGACGAGGGGCUCUACAAUGACUUUUACGGACUCUGGAUUGCACUGAUGGUCACAAACUCUCUCAUAUUCUUGGUAGGCAUGGUGCUCAACAUAGUUGCACUUUAUGUCUUCUGUUUCCGCACAAAGCAAAAGACGACCUCAGUCAUCUACACCAUCAAUUUGGCAGUUACCGACCUCUUGGUGAACCUCUCUCUGCCGACUCGCAUCCUGCUCUACUACAGCGGAGGAGCUUGCCUCACCUGCUCCUACCUGCACAUCUUCAGCUACUUUGUCAACAUGUACUGCAGCAUCUUGUUUCUGACCUGCAUAUGUGUCGACCGUUACCUUGCAAUUGUGCAGGUUGAAGCUUCCCGUCGGUGGAGGCACUCCAGUGUGGCCAAAUGUGUGUGUGUCUCUGUCUGGCUGUUUGCAAUCGUGGUCACCUACUCCUUCCUUUCUACUGCUUUCCAGCACCCGGGCUGCUGCCUCUCAAAGCUCCUUUUUCUCACCAUCACUGAGUUCUUUCUACCCCUCAUCAUCAUUGUGGUCUUCACACUGCGGAUCAUGUGGGCACUAGCAGAUCGCCGUCUGAUGCAGCAGAGCAGGGAGAGGAGGAGGAGAGCUGUCCAGCUGCUGAGCACAGUGCUGAUCAUCUUCACUGUCUGCUUCACACCCUUCCACAUCAGACAGGUGGUGGUGUACUUCUACCCCGAUAUGCCUCAUCAUGUGAUAGUCUACCACUUGACUGUCACUCUCAGCAGUUUGAAUAGCUGUAUGGAUCCUGUCGUUUACUGCUUUGUUACAAAUAAUUUCCAGGCCACAGUGAGAAAUAUAUUCCGUCGUGCAGAGCCGGAGCAGAGUAGUGGUGACAUCAUCAGCAUGCAGCACAGCUCCAAGGCCUCAGGAGGGACGCCCAACGCCAUCUCUAAUAAUGUGAUCAUGAUGACCAAAAUUCCCACUUCACUGCAGAGAGGCAAUCAGGGGAAGAACCACACACUUUAAAUCCCUUUACACACAGGGUGAAAAGAACUAAAUGUUACUGAGAUGCCACAGUCGCCUAGGGGAAAGGUGGCUGAUAUUUUUGGACUUGGCUGACCGGCGAUAACAGUGUCAGUGUAUUAUGGCACAGUGCUAAGAGCUCAGGAUCAACAGCCACCACCCAACAGCAACACUAAAAACUUUUAUUGACUACUUAAAUCAAUUACAGCGUUGACAAGAAACAAAUUUAGUCUGCAACUAAACAUCAUUAUCAUGCCAAGAAACCUUCCCAUGACUUUGGAGCUGUGAGACAAUCUGUCUGACUGCUACACCAGUUUGCUGCCAGAUUCAAACAAUACAAAAGAAUACAAAGCAGAUUUAUGUGUUUUACUGUAUAACUUGAAUUAUAAAAGGGACAAAAUGCCAAGUCUCAUUAAAAAAGACUUUGAACAUUGAUACUUGAUGUAAUCUUAUCUACAUCAUUCCAAUCUGAUAUAUUUUACAUUUACAAUAAAGUGAAC